AUGACUAGGCUUUUGACGGAUGAAAAUGCUCAGGAAAAGUUCAGGUGGAUGUGUAUUCUAGUUUAUGAAGGCUAUACUGAUAAAAGGACACUUUCAGCCAAAGAGAUUGAGCAACUACUGGAGUUUAUAUGUGACCUCGAGAACAAUCCGAGCGCUUAUCAUAUUGAUUCAGAAAAUCCAAACAAUUUGUUGGCAUAUCUUCUGAGUUCGACUUCAGUUCUGUUCAUUACUGAGUUGUCAGAUUUGCUGCAUCUAAAUGUCAAAAUUCCCGGGACAUUAUUGGUUCGUUGGGUCACUAGACUUUUGGCCGAAGCAAAGGACGAUAAGGUGGAAUGCUUCUCAAAUAUAUUGUGUUCUUUAUUGUGUUUGGAACCCCCGUUGGCGCACUGUUUCGAACCAGGUGACUUAAUCCUGGAAUCGGACUACGAGUUACUCACAAGCUGGAAGGAUGCUAUGUCAGACAAGAAAGGAAGUCCUAAAGGAACCAAAUUCCUGUUGCGACAUCGAGAAUCGUCUUUGGCAUAUGAGUUGUGGAAUGAAAUGACUCAAAAUAUGAAUCAAAUUAAAGGGUGUUCUGAUCCUUGUACUGUUACUACACGCAAUGAAUUAGCCAUUUGUUUUGUUCAGACGUUUUGGAAUUGCAAUGGCUGGCAACAUGUAUUCAACCAAUUGAAUUCAAUAUUGCCAAUUUCAAUCAGCGAUAAUGUAAACCACGUUCGUGGACAAUUGAAAAAGGUUCUUUCGCUGUCACGCCUAUUUUUAGUUGCUGUCCUUCAGAUACCAUACAUACAAUUAACAAACAGGAUAGCUAAAAGUAAUGAACUAUUGUCUUUUGAUGGCAAUACAUCCCAGCAACAAUUAUCCGUGUCUAUCCCUGGGAAGAUAAUUAUUCAGUGGAUUGAAUUGAUUUCCAAAAUCGUUCAAUCUGGUUGUCUGUGGUUCGCGAACUAUAUUGUACACAGAGAUUUGGAUGAUUCCAUGAUGGAUUUAAAGAAGUCACUAGGUGCAAUCAUGUUUGAUUUGACUCAACUUUAUGAGGAACAUUUGGGUCGGUUGUUCAUCUGUCAUGUGGACUCAAAAAUCUUGGAAAUGAUAAGAAGUUUGAAUUUCGGGAGUGGUUUAGCAAUACUCAAUUUUCUCGCCAAAUCUUUGCCUAACAUUAUACCAGCUAAUCAAUCAGAUCUGUUAUGUUUAAUUGAAUCAUUAAACAAAUGGGCUUAUCAGCUGAAUCUAGUGCCAGUUAACUCAUGUUUAUUGAGAUAUUUUUCACGAUUGUUCAACUUGAGUUUGAAACUAUUGGCUUCCGAUGAUUCAGAAUAUUAUAGAAAUGGGUCAGAUUUCUUUAUUACUAUGCGUUCUGAUAUUCAGUCUUCCACUUCACUAUCAGAUGAAUCGAAUUUAACAUAUGAAGGUAUUGUGAAUCAGUUAAACCAAAAGUUUGAUCCGGAUAAUUUUCUUGAUCAGUCAAAACAACCUACACUUUUAUCGCGUUUAUUUAUCUUAUGCGGAAAUCAUUUCCAUGUCGAUUUAAUGCGUAUUCUAACUGAAAUGUUUAAUGUGAUUCAAGAAGUAUCCCGACGAUCUUAUGACGACUUGCAAAUCGAUCUACUUAAAUACUUCUUGGAUUGUACAAAAAAUGGUUUACACUUUCUAAAUGAUCUGUUGUCAGCUCGAUCAAAUCUUUUGAAAUAUCAUUCGCCAGCUGAUUCAAUGCAUAUUACAGGAAGCCCUGUAAAAGACAACUCGGAGUUAAUAUCAAUUAUUGGAUUUUAUUUAUCCAAGAUCAUCACUUAUGCUGAUAUGACAGUAAUGCAAGAAUUAAACAAAGACACAUGUGAUCGUGAAUGGCGAUUAAGUAUACUUGAUCAAGAGUUAUCACAAUUAAUUUAUGCAUUUGCAACUUCUCAUAAUGUCACUGAAUGUGCCUUAAAGCAUUUAGGCUAUGUAUUCAAUGCUGGGAAUCAUAUUCUACAAGAUUCUGGUUACCCAGGGAAUAUGACAACAAAAUCAACAACAGUUAACAAUUGGCCAUUAUGGUCAGGUCCACAUGUCUUCUGUUUAUUAUCCGGUCAUAUGCUUAGCAAACUACGGUCUACAGAGUCGAUAAUCACAUCAGAAGAUUCCAUUAAAUCAUUUUGGUUAUGUUUUUUAACAAGUGUACAAGAAACAAUCCUAUCAUUGUGUGAUAUGUCGACAAUUAAAAGUAUCACCUUACCUGAACAACAAUUCAUGGAUAUUCAUCCUAAUCUAUUACAAUUUGCUUGUUUUCUUGCUGGUCAAAGUCCUGGAUUAACGGCUAAAAAGCAAUUACUCAUUUUGCUUACUCAAGUGUUAUGCAGUCUGAAUAAGAAAGGUAUUUGGAAACAACACAAAAGCAUUAUAAUUACUACUGGUAGUAGUAGUAGAAUCAUGUCGUUAACUGAACAAAAGCCUUUCGCGCAUGCUUCUUAUCUAUGGUUACGUUUAAUUAUAAUGCUACGCUAUAUGCUGCAUUAUUUCUAUGUUCCACCGAAAUAUUUAUCCUGUCAAUUAAAACCUUGCAUGUUUCUACAAUCGAGUGAAGAAGAUGCUAUGCAGAAUAAUCGUUGCUUCAUCUGGGAGUAUUCAAGCAUUGCAUCGUUAUUGCAUACAUUACAUGCAUACUUUUUACCCUUACCAUUAACAACAACACCGACAAUGAUGAAAGUACAGGAUUACUUCAGUGCUAGUUCUCCUAUUCCAUUCUUUUAUGAUUUAUUAAUUGCUGCAGAAAAAGCCAAUGAUGAACAGCCAGUCAACUUAACUCCUACUGCUAAAAGAUCUAGUCCAUCUUCAAGUCUUCCAUCACCUGAUGGAUUAGCUAUUUCAUCAUUGGUGUCAGUUAACAAUUAUCAUGAACUUUUCUCCUCUCUUCUUGAUUAUCUGGAUUCCCUGUUGCUUACAAAUUCAUUUAAUGAAGCAACAAAUAGUGUAGACUGUGUUCUAACAGAAUGCUCUCAAUUACCAUUAUGCAAUUAUGGAUUAACAUUGAAUUGGAGGCUGUUUGAAAUCCUUCCACCGCCAAGAGAAAUUUUAAAAGAUUUACAACAUCUAAUGAAUAUGCUGAAAACAUCUCAAGGGAUAAUUGAUAAUAACACUGUACCUGAGAUUUUCUUGUCACCGUCACAUUUAAUCUACUUCAUUAUUUUGUUAGACAGAAUUCAGUGGAAUUCUACUCAACCUGAUUAUCAAUAUUUAGAUUUUGGUAAUGUUAACAACCAGUCAACUGAAAUGAAAUCUGAUAUGCCCAGUACAACAACAUCUAGCAGUCGGUCUACAUCAUAUUCUUUAUUGGAUUCCAGAAGAAAUCUAUUAAAAGAAUUGAAGCGCUUAGUUAACGCACAAUGGUCAUCGAAUGAUGAUGAGCUGGAAGAGGCGACUAAAGCUGCUGCAACUGAAGAGUCAAUCAAUACGCUAACAUCUUUAAUACACCCAAUAGCCUUAAUUUCAUUUUUAUUUGAGUUAGGUUCUUUUCAAAUAAAGUCAUAUACAAUACAACUGAAUUCAGUUAAGAACAAGCUAAUUGGAAUCACGGUUGGCCAAUUGGCCUAUUUAGCUAGUUUACUUCGAUUCAUGAAGAUAAUGACAUCACAGCUGACUUCAUUGUAUAUGUCUAAAAUAACAAAAACAUCAAGUGCUUCGUCGAAAUCUCAUACUGAUUCAACAGAAUCUACAAAGCGUGCUGGAAAGCAUAGAACACGUCAUGCAGCCGGGAAAACACGUACCAGUUCAACAACUGAAACUUCAAAGUCAUCUGCUGGCGGCAGUACAGAAACAAGUAGUCCGAAAGAAAAAAAGAGUAUUUGUCUGUUGGAUACUGCAGUGUUAGACACAAGUUCACCAAACACUCUUGUAUCCUCGAUAACAUUCACAAUUGGAGAGAAUUCAAACACUGGUGAUGCCAGUUUAACACCUGAAGAACUAUCUACAAUGCGUAUACGUUGCUUGCAUACUGGACAUGUGGUUCUGACGACAUGUGUACAACUCAUGUAUAAAUUAUGCCAACAAAUACGUUCAGAAAUUGGUUUGCCUAUCACGCAUAAUAUCAGUACGAAUGAGACAUUAUCAUCUAUUGGGAAUACUGCAUCAAUGACAUUGUUAUGUCCAAAGCGUUUGUUAAAGGAUAAUUAUUUACUGGCGUCAAGUUCAUCGUCAAAUAUUUUAGCGCGUAAACGAUUAGCUAAUAGUUUAAGAUUGGCAUCACUUGUCUACCGUAAACAGUUUGAUACGUUGAAUUCUGUAGCCUCAAAAUGUUAUUCCACCAUGUUAUUGGAAACGAAUCAGUUUACUUCAAGUUUUUCUCAAUGCUUCUAUCAGAUAUUAGCAUUCCAGUAUGAGGUAGCACUUAGUGAGUUGUCUGUGAAAGAGGAAGAUUUAUUCGAUACCAACAAGCCAUCAUCACCGAUGCCAUCGCCAGCAUAUUAUCAAUCUGCUUUAACUGUCAAUUUACCUAAUUAUUGCACAGUAACAACAGCAGCAACGGCAACUAAUACUGCUACAACAGCUCCAGUGCCAGCAUCAUCAUCAACGAUAAGAACAACGACAAUAUCGACAACCACAGCUACAAAAUCUGUAGACGAGAUGAAAUUAAAACAAUCACCAGGUUAUGCUUUACAUUUAGCAAACAAUUUAAAAUUAUUUGAAUCAUGUUGUCUAUUGAAACGGUUAGGCGAAUUGUGUAGAUCAUUAGUGAAACAACUGUAUGAUCUACAAGAGAAAAUCUAUUCUUUAAGUGAAUUAAACACUGAACAAUUAUUGAAUAUUGACAGUUAUAAUGCUUUACAAAUGAUUUGUGCAAUGCAUUAUGAUCCCGUGUUGACUGCUUUACAUAUUGACUUGAUGUCUGAAGAAGAAGAGACGAGGAAUCAACCAUCAGUUGCACAAUACUUGAGCUAUAUUUAUUCUAUUCAACGAAAAGGCAAACCAACAGCAACAUCAAUGAUGACAACAAAGUCAUCAACAGGUUUUAAAAGUACUUUUAUUUGUCGAAUGAUGAAAAGAAUGAUAUAUUCACGUCGACUGAGAAAAAUCUUGAGUUAUGCAUUAGAAGAUCGACUUGUGCAUACAGUAUCCUACAUGAUUAGAUGUCUUUCAAAUUCAGGUUCAAGUUCUCUUGAAUCUCGAGUCUCUUCAUACAUCUGCCGUGAAGCUAUGGGAUUCAUGGAAGUUGUAUUGGGUAAUCAUCGUAUCGUGAAACAAAUUUGCUCCACAGACGUCAAUACAAACGACUCGGACGACAACAAGUCAUCCUGUGAUCCAACGACAGAACCAAUAGUCCGAAGAGCAAUAUUUAACAAAAUCCAUUUUACUAAUUUCUUCUCAUCAUCUGCAUGCGAUGGUUCACAGAAAGAUGCUCUUCUGUUAAAUGAGAUAAUAAAACAUGAGAAACCACCAACACUUGCCUUUCAGGCCUCAUCAUUACGUUUGUUAUGUGUUCUUUUUAUGCGUGCUAUUAACGCUUCUACAAGACAUCGCAGCAACUUGAUUGAUUUAGUGAAAUUAGCUCUUGACUCAUGUAUGUUCAAAUCAUGGAAAUCAGGAGAUGAAGGAGAAAAGGCGAAUACAUUAUCGUCGUAUUGGUUAGAAAGUCUACUGCCAUAUGUUUCUUCAUUGAAAGAGAAUUAUGAUAAUGAAUUACGAUUCACUGAUCUACUAAACAGAGUUGAUGAUUUCACAUUGGAUAGUGAUGAAUUCAUAGAAACUGAAGAAGAUAUACUAACCGAUUUAUUUAACACUACACCGGAGACUAUUUAUCAUCAGGAUAAUGAAGGUCAUGUCAAUCUUAGUUUCUUCAAUACUGAUAAUGUUUUACUGGAAACCAAUACAGAAUUGAUCAAUGAAUGGAAGUGUAACCGAUAUCUAUGCACUAUUGCAUUUUACUUUGAACGUUUCACUCGCCUUCUGGCAUCAAAUUGGACAGAUGAUGUUGGCUUACGAGAGAUGUAUUGUAAUCACUUAUUGGAUUCUGCAAUACGCGUUUGGCGUCCUCGCUUAUCUUUGAAAGACAGUACGCCUGUGAAAUCAGAACCACCGUCAUCGUCUCCAUCUACUUCUCCUUCAGAAGAAUCUACAAGAAUCACUCAGAAAUAUGAUUUGACAUUUCUGCCUUAUGCUAUUACAUCAUUGCACUGCUUAUCGUUUGGUUUUACCAACGGCUUGGUGCAUACAAAGUUAUUCAGCUUUUUUACACAUUGUGCUGACAUCUGUUAUGCUCUAAUUAUGGAGGAGGAGGAGAACAACGAGACAAAAGAUGAAAAGCUUUAUUGUAACGAAACUAAUUUAAUGUUAUCAAUGAAGCUACAACAUCAGAAGAAGGCCUCAUUGAUUUCCAGCCUACAGUCAGUCUACUUCUAUGUAUCAACAAUUGUCAAUGUGUUAAAUUCAGCGAGCAAAUUAAAACUGUCUGAUGGCCUACAUGAAUUACUCAUCAAUUCCCUGAGUGCUCGUUUAGACUAUUGGCCAAGUUUAUUGCAUACUCAACCGGGUGUAUUCAAUCGUCUACAACUGGCUGAUGAUGCAAAAAAUGAGAAUGUGCCGUGUUGUUCCUCAUCGGUAACUGAUAAAUUUCAUUCUAAAAUGCAAAUCUACUCACAUUUGUUGAGUAGUCAUUGUACACAUAGUUGUAAAUCACUUUUUCGAAAAAAAUGGAGUCAAAUGGCUUUAUGGAAUUCAACAUCCCAUUUACACUUUCUGGACAGUUCCACUGGGGCAGAUCAAUUAUCGAAACCAAAUUUAACAGAUCAGAUAAUUUCAGAUAUUGACCAAUUGUCUGGUGAUACAGAUAUAAGCGAUGAUUAUGAUGAUGACUGUCUAGAAGAUGACAUAUACCAUUCAUUUCCUGGUCCAUUAAUUAAUGAUUCAGUGUGCUCUUUUGUUGCAACUCAAAAAAUGUUCGUUGACCAACAUUGGUAUCAUUGUUUCACGUGUAAUUUACAAGAAUCGCAUGGUGUCUGUUCCAUCUGUGCUAAAGUAUGCCAUUUAGGGCAUGAUUUAAGUUAUGCCAAAUAUAGUGGAUUCUUUUGUGAUUGUGGUGCUGGUCAACACGGUGAUUCAGUUUGUCAGGCUAUAACACCAAGAAUUGUGUUGAAUAAAGAUGCAUUACCUGAUAGUACUAUGCAUCAGGGUGAUGAUAUAUUUUUACAAUGUAUGAAUAAGAAUGAAUUGAAUUAUUAUCUACCGUGGUUAACAGAUGGAUAUCAACCAUUCAUCUCACCGCCUACUUUAUCCAAAGAGUUAUCCUAUCCGUGCAACCGUUCAUCAGUUGUUACUGUUGAUGACCAUCGUUCCAAUGGAGUAUCAGCGGUCGAAACACAAGCUUCUAAAUUAGUCAAACGGCGUCGUAAAGAAUCUUUACAGUGUAGCGAAACACGAGAUAAUAAGACAGUGUCUCGUCAACGUUCGCUUCCUAACGUCACUAAUGCUGGAAGCAGUCAACCUGUGUCAUCGGAUGCUGUGUUAAAUACGAAUGCAAAUCAAACAACUAAUCAAAUUAAUUCACGCUCGUUAUGGUGUCCAGGAGUUUCUGACACUAAUACAGAUUCAUUACCACGUUUUCCGUUAAGUCAUCAAGCAACUUCAUCUACUUCUAAUCGUUCUAAUACUCUUAGACGAACUGGUGCAGUUCGUUUACGUAAAAUCUCUUCAGAUGUUCAUUCGAAUACAGGUAUACUGAAAACUCUUCAAAUGAAUCAACAGCAAACUAAACUAUCGAUUGCUCAACAUCAUCGACCAAAUCAGCAGGAUAUGCUGUCUACUAAUCAAUAUUCUUACAAUACAGAUAAUCUGCCAUGUAAACCUAGUGUUGUUGUUCCAACGUCUUUGACAAUGACAACGACGGCAUCCCACCAGGAGGAUUAUAAACCUGAAAGUAAACGAAUACGAAAUAUACAUCAUUUUCUCAAUCUGUUUGAUAAAUAUAACUGUCAUGCUGCAACAGUGAUGCCAACUGCUACCAAAGGAAAACGUAAAUAUUCUAAACAUGCAACGACAACAACAGGUGAUGAUAAUAAUGAUGAAGCGGAUCUGUUGCAAGCAAAUGUUCAUCGUUUUCAGUAUUGUCAAUUAGUACCUAACGAAGCGAAAUUGAUUGAAUUUAUGCGUAAUCAAAUUGAUUCGGAUGAAACUGGUUCAUGUCGUUCCAAGCUGAUGAUGAUGUUGUGUACUAGUGAUGUAGUCUCACAAGCGGCUGAAAUUUUAAUGGGAUUCAGUAAACCUGACACUAAAAGUUUACUCAGUCACCUGAUGAACUGUUCAACUGUAAGUGAAAUCGAAUUCACUGGAAAAUCUCGUCUUGAUAAAUUAAAUGAAAUGCUUUCAAGUGAACGAAACACUACUCCAACCAUUCAUAUGUGUUCUAAUAUUACGACUCCAGUACCAGCUAUGCCAACAAAAACAAGGUCAUUAUGGCGAAAUAUUUUUAUUGCUGGUCGUCAAAUAUUUCGUUCUAAAUCUCCUUAUUCUACUUGUGAUAUAAAUGAAUAUUUAAUGCGUUACUCAUCUACUGAUCGCUUGUCAAGAACGUGUGAUGAGGCGGAUCAUGGUGUCGUUACUAAAUCGAUUCAGUCAAGUACAAGUACCCGUCAUACACCUACGUCAACUGAUCAUAUAUCAUAUUCAGUUGUAUCUCCUGGGAGAAUUGUAGUCCACUCAUUAUCGGAUAAUUCAAAUAGUGGAGUGUCAUCAUGUUUUUCUCCUUCGUCACUGUCAACAACUCCUCCUAUUGACGCUAUAGUUUCUCUGCCUGCAUUAUCUAUGUCUACUGCAAGCAAUGCGUCACGUGGGACAUCGUCAUCCUCUAAUCCUGUUUUGCUUAUUCAAGCACUAGCUAGUAUUUUUGCUAGUACAGACAGUUCAAAUACUGGUGGCGGUUUAUUUUUGUCUGGUGGAAAUACAUCUGCAACACCUGAUGCAAAUGGAACCGCUGUCUCUUUUCUACCGUCUAAUGCAGCCUUAUCAUUAAGAGAAUUAUUUGGACCGCGUAUGUCCAACAAUAUGUCUUCAUCUACCGCUCCUGUUGCAGCCAAAACUAGUUCUUCUGUUACUGGAGCUGCUGCAUCCAGUGGAGCUACUACAUGUGUUGUUCGUGUACCAUGUCCAGGACAAUCCAAAUGUUCUUACUUUUUGGUAGUAACUAACACAGGACCGAAGUCAGUGGUUGCUGGGUCGGAUACAGGCGCAAACACACAACAACAACCAGUGCUUCAGAUACCCUAA